AUGAUGCGACCACCGAUACCACGCAGCCUCUACAACCGGGUCUCUCUCCCACGAGCAGCGCAUCGUUCCCUCUCCACAUCAGCCUUCUCCAAGCACCUCUCUCACCACUCAACAAAUAACACCAACAACCUACGAACCACCAGACUAACAACCUCACUCUCCCAAUCAACGAUCCAAAAACGACCCUUUCUCUCCUCCUUCCUCCCCAACUCCGACUCCGCCUCCAAAACCCGCCACCUCACCGCGACCCGAACGCUCCCACACGCUCCCGCUCCCCUCUUCGACAUCAUCUCCUCCGUCGAAUCCUACUCCUCCUUUCUCCCCUUCCUAACCGCCUCAACCGUCACCCACCGUGACCCAACAACCAACUACCCGACCCGCGCCUUCCUCACCGUCGGCUACGGGCCCCUCAGCGAAACCUUCACUUCCAAGGUGACCUGCGAUGCGGAGAACUGGGUCGUGGAGGCGCAAAGCGGCGCCAAGUACGGCGUGGGCAAGAAAGACGGACAGGGAUUUCCGGGUGAGGAUGAGGGGCUCUUCGAGUACUUGAGUACACGGUGGGAGUUACAGAGUCAGGGUGAGGGUAAGGGGACGGUUGUGAAGCUGGAUAUCCGGUUUGAGUUCCGCAGUCAGCUGCAUGCUGCUAUGAUGGGCGCCGUGGAGGGACAGAUGGCUGGUGUUAUGGUCGAGGCGUUUGAGAAGAGGAUUUAUGAUGUGUUGGGAAGAGCUUGA